CCUCCUCCUCCCUCUCUAUUGUGUUAUUAUUGAUCGGAUUUAUUCUGUCUUCAGUUUUCGUUCUUUGUCAUAACUGAACCUCCUUCGAGUUGCAUGUUGUAAUAGUCUGUUUGUGUGUGCACGAAUCUUCAGAGCAGGUUCUGCUUCUCUUCAGUUCAUUUUUACAGUGUUGUCUGCCAGGAACAUCUUACCCACAACCCUCAGGAGAAAGUCAGUUUGCUAUAAACCCCUAUGGCAUUAAGGUUGAAGAAAAUAAAUAAGAAUAGUAUAAUAAUAUAUCAAAUAUUCCACAUUUAAAGGUUUAAAAAAAUCAACUUUCUCUCACAAAUAGCGUUGCUCCAAAUAGCGCAGAAAAAAAUUGAAUUUUCAGAUGGACCAAAGCACUUCUUCGAGAUGCUUAAUUUUCUAAAAGAGGCUGAAAUUGACUAUUAAACUGAAUGUUCUCGCAGUAUUGGAUUUGCUAAAUCAAAGCUAGCAAUGAUAGUGGGUAUGUUGACCGUGUACAUACAGCCCAUUGGCCCAGCCUGAUGCAGUGUAUUUGCUUGACAUAAAUUCCACAUAUGAAGGACGUAAAACACGCCAUUUAGCAAAGUGCAGUAUCUAAUCAUGAUGUACAUGAAGGAAAGAUGACCAUGAGCUCUCAUAUCACUCUUUCAGUAGCCUACAGGAAUAUUCUGCUCGAUUUCCUCAGUAGAUUAGCUUAAGAAAAUAAAAUGGUGCAAAAGAAUUACCUUAGACACACAGAACAACUGACCGAAUGAAUCCCAUUUGUACAUAACCUUCAGGAUUACUGCGCUUAUCGCUCUUCAUGAGUUUCUGUCCUUACUGUAUUACUGGAAUGCCAUUUUUGGCGGGCUGUUCGUCUCAUCUGAAGUGAGAUGCUGAUUUGAUUGGUUACGGUUACGCAGAUAUUCACAUUUGCAGAGGAAUUUCCGAUCAGCAGGAUCAUUAAACCAGCCUUUUUGAAGAAGAGUAGGACUUUUAAAUAUGAGUGCGCAUUUACCACAUAUCUCUUAACUUAUUUUUAUUAACAAGCGAUCAGUGUUUUACAUUAUACAAACGAAGACAAGAAGGGCACUUUUUCCUCAUUUAUAGUCUUAUUUAUUUACUCGGACCACUAAAAGCGUUUCAUCACUGUCAGUGGAUGUAAACUGGGCCACUUGUGCAGUUCACUGCGGCGCAGUGAGGGAAAAGGGAUGGUAUGUUGUCUAAUUUUAAUAGUUGACUAGAUGAAAAAACCUUUAAAUGCUGUCUGAAAUUGUCCUUUAAAAUAAGCAUUUUUUCAGGCUCCUGUGUGUGUUCAGUAAUAUCACGUUUAUGGCAAAGAAUAAGUCCGUUUCCUGGUCUUUAAAGGACAUCACAAACAAAGGAAGCUGGAAAAAUGUUGAUUUUCGAUGGAAAUUUCAGACGGCACUUAGAGGCUGAAGAACUCUUCAGUGUUUCUUUUGAAGAUCUUUACCUUGUAUGUUUGAACACAUGCAGUUUAGAUGUAAGUGCUGAAGUUAGCAGUGAUCCAGUUUGAUUUUCGGCAAACAACAUUCCUCUGGCCAGACAACCAGCAGGAACUGAUGACUGCUACAGAAGUGCUGAUCACUGAUAUGAAGUCAAUAAGCUCGCUUUAGUGCAUUUUCACAGGAAACGCAUGAAAACGACUCUGAAUCUCUGAAAGUCCUCGGGUCAGCCAGCCUGCAGGCCUCAUCGGAGCUGUUGGAUUGUUAAGAAAUCUGUGAAAAUGUUCUGAUUUGGCACAUAAGGAGCAUGGAGAGUUAAUGAAGGUUAGCGUUUAUCUAAUUUUAUGAGUUAAUGUUACUUUUUUGGCCAGAGCAAAGGUUUUCUGAUAUAUUUUUAACAAUCUUUGUUGAGUGGCUUCACUGACUAAUGUGACAUUCAUAAUGAAUUUCCAUUAACUGUAUUUAUUGUUUUGCAAUGUAUAUAUUAGUUUGCAGCUCUUUGCACAUAAUAUGCGUUUAUACAAACUAACAACAGAACAAAUAAAGCUUGAAUUAUGUUUUUUGUUUUCUGGAAUGGAAACCAAAUGGAGUGUGGUGUUUAUGGAAAUGGACUUUGAAUGUAUUUUGAGUUCCACUAAAUGCAUGAAUUAUCUGAUGAGAUAUGACAAAUAUAGGGACUGACAUGUUGCUGUGCUUCUUAUUUCUUGAAAUAGGAAAUGGAUGAUGUUACAUGGGCACUUUUUCCACAUUUAGUCUAGAGUUGCGAUGAGGCUUGUGCGUUUUAAUUUCUAACAUCAGGGAAUAUGUUUUCUAAAAAUAUAGCAUUGUUUUACUGGCACGGUCAUUUCUCUCUUUCUUUUUUUCCGCUCACUCAUGCAUUUUUUUCUCCCAUGCUGCCUUUGAAGCAACCCUGGCAUUACUGUAUCACCUCACGUUUCCAGAUGAACAUCGUUCCCUCUCAUUGUGAUGAAACGACAGAAACAGUUUAGCUGUGGCAUUAACACUGUACAUUAUUUGUCAGAUUGGCUUCAUUUUCAUACUUAUUUUGUAAAUAUUUCAUGUUGUAUGGAACUUGGAUUAAAAUGUAAAUAUGUCUCCUGUAUUUGUAAUAAUUAUAAUCCAUUCGCUGUAUAGCCUAGACGUGUAAUGCAUAUAUCUUAAUUCUGUGUAUGGUAAUCUUGCACCAUUGACCUGUUUAGUGAAUGAGGUAAAAAAAUAAAAUUACAACCAGUGCAUUAGACAGA